CGUUCUUCUUUUCCUGAUUCUUCCAAUUUUGCCUGCAUAUUUGGAUGUUCUAGUUUUAUAUUGCGUUUGAUUCAUCUGUUCUUGCUCAGUUCCAAAGUUUGUUUUUUUUUUCAAUUUCACGCACCCAGUUUCACUUGGUAUAAAAAAUCUGCGAGAAUUUUCCUAGAAGUUGCAUCAAUCGUCAAAAAUAGAAACUUGGCAUUUCCUAUUUUGAGGAAAUGGUAUUGUUUUUUAGAAUGGUUUGGACAUUAAAUGGAAAUGAAGAGUAAUGAAACAUAUUGUGGAAUUACUCAUGUCUUGGUGAAAAGGAAUGGGAGUUUUGUGAAGCUUGGAAUCUGGAAAAUAGGAUUUUUCUACUAUAUAUUUGGAUGAAUUAUAACUUCAGUCUAUGUUGGCCUUGGGCUGAAAAUCUCAUAGAAGAUGGUUAUUACAUUUAAUGGUCCGCACUCGACGCCAAGCCAUUUUAUAUCCUGUUAUAGUGCAUCAUGGCAUGGGAUCUAUUACUCAAAGUUAUGUAUGAAAGGUUGAGUUAACUAAGAUUGGACGAUCAGCUCUGCAUGGUGUAAAAGCUUGCCCUGCAAAAACUGUUCUGCAUCCACUUUCAGAUGGGUGUUGUGAGAGGGGUGAUAUUGGAUGAAUCAGUACUCUUGACUGAAAGUGAUGUUGAUCAAACUGCAUCUACUCUACGACCAGGGGCUGAGUCUCUCACCCGGAUACUCUUCCUGUCCAAAAUCCAUAGGGGAAUUGCUUAUGGCUCGGGUCUUCUGGACGACAAGGUGAGCAUUCUUAAAAGAACUGCUGAUCUCUACUCACUUGAUUGCUUUGCUUUAAAUGACUCUGGAAGUGAGGCUGGGCCUGGAUGGAGUAAUACUGAUGAUGGCAGUGUUAUUUAUCUUAUUUCUAAUAAGGUUUUCUCACCUAAGUUAAGCCGCUAUAAUUGGCUUAUUGUUGUUCUGAAUGUUGGAGGCGAAAGUUCAUGUCACGAUCCUAACAUACUUCAGAUUGAAAGCUUAGAAGAAUUACCAUUGACCAUAUGCCGCAUAAAUAAGAAAUUAAUCGGAAACAAUGCUGUGACUGUGGGUUACACAAUGAAGCCUUCGCGUGUGGAAGAUUUUGCAAAGAGGGGUGCAUUUCCUUUGUGUCCUACUCAACAGGGGUUGAUGUUCGUACCUCUCAUGUCCAAUUUGUCUUUAUCAUCUCAGCUGAAGGAUGUUGACAUAGUUCUCCACAAAGCUACUGAUGAAAUAUUAUCUAUUGAAGAUAAUAAACCUACUUUUACACAGAACAUGCGAGCGUUGCAGAAAUAUUUGGAUCAGCACCCGGAUAUAUGCGUGAUUGAUCCACUGAGUUACGUCUAUCCUUUAUUGGAUCGGCUAGAAAUUCAACAAGUUCUACUUGGCUUGGUAGAACUGAACACUGAAGGCAAAUGUCUCAUCAGAGGGGCCCAUUUUAGUAACGUUGAUAACUUUGAUGAAUUUGAUUUUGCAACUGGACUAUCUGAAGCUAGAUUGUCUCUUCCAUGCAUAGUGAAACCUAAAGUUGCUUGUGGUGUCAGUGAUGCACAUAAGAUGGCAAUUGUUUUCAGGCUUGAUGAUUUUAAGAAUUUAAGUGUUCCUCUUCCUGCUGUUAUUCAAGAAUAUGUGGAUCAUUCAUCCACUUUGUACAAAUUUUAUGUCUUGGGUGACAAGAUUUUCUAUGCUGUCAAGAAGUCAAUACCAAAUGCCGAUAUUUUGAUGAAAUCAUCUAGUGGUGAUGAGCUCAAACCUCUUCUGUUUGAUAGCUUAAAAUCUAUGCCCACUGCUGACAGUAUCACAAGUAAUGAGUCUAUUGACCUUAAGUUGGUUACAGAUGCUGUAGAUUGGCUUAGGAGAAGGCUUCAUCUUACCAUUUUUGGCUUUGAUGUUGUGAUUCAGGAAGGUACUCAUGACCAUGUAAUUGUGGAUGUAAACUAUCUCCCAUCUUUUAAGGAAGUUCCUGAUGACAUCGCUAUUCCUGCUCUCUGGGAGGCCAUUAGAAAUAAUUUUGACUGUAGGGUGUCUAAAUAAUUAUCUGUUUGAACUUUGGGACUAUUUGACAUGUAAUAAUGUCAAUGAUUGCAUCAGACCAUGGAUUAGGCAAUCGAUCAUAUCAAGCUGAAAUGAGAUUGAACAACUCGUUAUUGCUUGUUUGAAUUUUGAAAUACUUA